AAAACUUCUCUAAAAGGUCACGUGUGCUUAUCACAGCAGCUAGGACUCUAGUGGUGGAACAUCCCACAAACUGAAUAGCCCAUGCCAAAUAAUCAAGUUUCAAAGUAAGUGCAACAUAAAAAAGAGCAAUCCAGUCCUUGAGGAUUUAUUAACGUGCAACGGAAAGAAGAUCAGAGGAAGAUCUAAUCUGACGGACUGCUUACACACAAAAUGGAGAAUCCGUUGGUUUUAUCCUCUCAGCUCAACUCGGCAUCAAGAGUGAAAACUCUCUGUAAAAUCAUGAAAUCCUUGAAUAGAGAAGGGGCAAAGCCAGACACAGGAAACAGGUCUCUUGAAAAGAGGAAUCGGCUAAGUUACUCGCAUAAGUCUGAAUUGCACCCAAAUAUGAAUUUUGACAAAUUUGAACAACUAGCAAAAGCAUCAAGUGAGACCCCUGAAACUGUAAAAAAAUGGGCUGAAUCUUUUGACCAGCUGAUUUCUCACAAAGAUGGCCUGGAUGCAUUUAGAACUUUCCUGAAAUCAGAAUUCAGUGAAGAAAAUAUUGAAUUUUGGCUCGCUUGUGAGGACUUAAAGAAAACAAAGUCAGCUGCUAAAAUUGCUUCAAAAGCCCAAAGGAUUUACUCUGAAUUUAUCCAAGCUGAUGCACCACAGGAGAUAAACAUUGACUUCAAUACCAGAGACCGCAUCAUGCAGGCUAUUUCGAAACCAACUCUCAACUGUUUUGAUGAUGCUCAAAAAUUAAUCUAUAACCUCAUGGUCAAAGAUUCAUUCCCGCGGUUUCUGAAGUCAGAAGCUUAUAAAGAACUGGUAAAUAAGGAACUAAAAAGAAGUCAAAAAAGGUGGCUGCCAUUUUUGUAA